AUGGACCUAAUACUUAUAGAACAAGAUAACAUCCAGCAGGAGAUGUGUAAUUAUAACUCACCGAAAAGGGAAGCGGCUACAAUCCAAAAUGUUCCUACUUUUACAGAAGUAACGGCCAAUGGCAAAAUACAUGACGAAGAUAAUAUUAGCCAAAGUGAAAGUAAUGUAUCGUCGUCCUGCCAACGCCAAACAAAAAAGGAGAAAAGCAAUACAGAGCAUGACACGUCAUUACGAAGUAAUAGAUUUGAACUUAGUGUACUAGCUAUACUGAAGCAAAUAACAACGAAUCUUCUGGUGAGCUACUUAUGA